AUGGAUGCAGAAAUGUUUAAUCAAACUGAAGAAAAAGUGUAAAACAUAAAUGAUUUGGAAUUAAUUGACACAAGUUCAAGGUUCAUAUAAAAUGAUCAACUAUUCUAGCAAGACACUGAUAAGAUUGAGGAAGAAAAUCAACUUGAUUAGACAGAUGAUUAAUUAUUUAAAGAUGAUACUCAUUAUGACUCUCGCAGAAAAUCAGCUCCAUCUUAAUUGAAGAUAAAAACCAGACGUUAAUCGAAGGGAAUAGUUUACUUUAACAGAAAAAAGCCCACUAUAGAGAUUACUAUUGGUUCUUUGGAGGAAUGGUAUAUCGAAAAUCAGUUUAGAUUCAAACGAAGGAAGAUGAAUACAUUUACUGAAGGAGAAGAUUAAAAAGAAGAAUAUUUUGAUUUAGAGGAGACAAGGAGUAAGCUUAACAAGAGCUAUCUGUAUGAAAAUUGGUAAGAAGAUUUCGAGAAAGAGAGGAAAAAAUUAGAGUCUAGAAACAAGAAGCGUAAAAGAUCUAACAGUAGUAGAUCAAGAAGUAAGAGUCCUACUCCUGUUUCCAAGAAAGAUGAUUUCUAAAUUCAGGUUAAUCAGAAUGUAGUUCAACGAAGGGGUUCAGUUAAAGGGGGCAGCUUAAAAGGCUCUAUCAAAGGAGAUUUGUCAAAUAGCUCAUAAAUAGACUCUGAAGAGGAGGAUCGCAGAGAGGCUGAAAAGAUAAAAGUAGAUAUACUAGAUGAACUCAACAAAAAAGAUGAACCUAUGGAAAGCUAGUAAUUAUCAACUAAUCUAAAGUAUGCAUAGAAAUAUAUCGAGGAGGCACUAAAAUGCCUGUUUGAUAAUUAACUUGUGAAGAAAAAAGAUAUUGGCAAAAAAUCAUAUUACAUUGCUGUAAAUCAAGAGAGCUAUUUGCAGUUCAUAUAAAAUAAAGACUUGAUCAAAGAGAAAAUAUAAGAAAUCAGAGAUGUUGAGAUGUAAGAAUAGACAAUUGAUAGUGAGCUUAAUAAACUUGAGAAGCAAAUUAAAGACCUAAAACUCAAACCAACAUCUGAGCAGAUUAGACAAGAAAUUAUAGCAAUAAUGAUGGAGGAGAGACUAUAAAAGAUAGUUCAUAUCUAUAAAAAGCGAAAGGACUGUUGCGAGGACAUGCUUGAUUAUUUUUCAGAACAUUUAAAUGAAGAUAUUGAUUAGAUAAUGAGGAAAUGUGGAAUAGAUCCAGCUGAUAGGAUUAUAUCAGAGGAUUUGGCUGAAAUUCUAGGUAUACAGUUACAAAGAGAUAACCUUUCAUCUGAUUACUAAGAAGAGCAAUCUUAGAGUAAAACCAAAAAGAGCAGAGAAAGUGUUCAAGAUGAAGUUUAAAAUGAAGAAAACAUUGAUAAUGAAUGA